CUUUUUUCAUUUUCAAUUGUUCUUUGUUUUUUAAAAUUUCAAUUCACCUUGAACGUUUGCUCUGCUGUUAUUGGAAUUCACUCUUUCAUUUGUUUAGCGCUCAUUUUUUGUUAAUAAUCAUCCACAACCUACAGACCUUCAACCAUCAUGGUGGUAAACACAAUCGAUCUGCUCAAGGAGUUUGGUAGCACGAAGCUUGAGUCAGACGCCCUGGCUGAGGGCCAGUCCAUCUGCCAGAUGUUUGAUUUGAGCGCCAACGACCUGUUUAUUCGGUGGCAAUCCUAUCUGAUCAACCAGUGCGGCGGCGAUGUGCGCGUCCAGCCCACACGCGAACGCCUACUCGAGGUGCGCGCCGCGAUUCAGCAGGAGUACGAGAGAAAAAUGCAUCAGCGGCGCAACGGCGCGGGCGCCGGAAUUGGUGGCAGUGGGUUUGGCAGUCAAGUGACAAAGCUCUCGAGAAAUAAGGAGCGGGCUCACUAUGAUAAAAAUUCUGUAGAGGGAUUGCUGCAAGGCAUGGUCUCGGGCAGCCAGCGCGAGCCAAUGAGGGCCUCACAGAGCACUAAAAUAAUGGGUUUGCUCCAGGCCAGCGUGUCUGCAGUGCAUGGCCGUGCGAUGUUUUCGCCCAUGUCGCCCAGCGUGUUUGCCGAGCCCUCGCCCAGCGCAUUGCGCUACUCCAAGCGCAGCAACACAGGGCGGACGGAGGACUCGUUGGGCUCCGAGAUGCUGCCGCUGAAGUUGCUGGAGGGUGCCAACCCAGUUGUCGCUAGUGACCUUUACACGCAGAUGGCUGAGGCCGAGGUGCUGAGCAGCGACGAGAGUGGAGACGAGGCUGGUGAUGACAAGAGCAAGGCAGGGAGGGCCAGGCCUAUGCGGUACAUGUUUGAGAAGAUGGGCACGCGCACAGAAAUUAUAAAUAAGCGCAUUGAACGCACGGCCAUCGACACUAAGGCUGAGUACAAAAUCGAGGCGCUGGCCAACCCCACAUACGCGCACCAGGAGACGGUCACUGCGGUCGGCCGCAUUUUAAACAUUGGCGCCGGCGAGGGGGAUUCUGGGCCGACGCCCAUUUCGAGCGAGAGCCUGUUUUUGGAAACAUCUCGCCGCCUGGGCAACGGGAGGCGUGUAUCCCUCGACGUGCGGUCAACGCCGUCAUACUCGUUGUUCCCAGGCCAGGUUGUGGCGGUUGAGGGAAAGAACCUCAAGGGAUCAGAGUUUUCUGUGUCGCAGUUUUGCCAGCUGCCACGGCUACCGCACCCGAGCAUUGGCGAGCGUGAAGGCGGCAUAGAGCCAUUCAGCGCGGUGGUUGCUGCUGGACCUUACACAUUGUCCGAUAACCUCGACUAUGAGCCCUUGGCUGACCUGGUCAAUCACGCCAUUGCCGCCGCCCCAGGUAUUGUUUUCCUUCUGGGCCCGUUUGUGAGCGAGAACCACCCCAUGAUAAGAGAUGGACAGAUUGAUAUGCUUUCUGAGGAGCUAUUUUCUACCAAAGUCAGCCCACAGUUGCAGCGCUUGCGAGAGGCACUUCCGGCAUCUUCGUCAAUCUACCUGGUCCCAUCGACCGACGAGAUGUGCUACCCGUAUGUGUCGUAUCCGCAGCCCGCAUUCUCGCGCGACCUGAUGAACCAGCUUGGCGUUCCUGCCGGUGUCGGGGCGCUUAGCAACCCCGCGCAGGUGUCGGUCAAUGGUGUGGUGUUUGCUGUGGCCAACAUCGACAUUCUGUUCCAUCUUGUCAAGGAGGAGGUGUCGCGGUUACCUGCGCUGAGCGACCGCUUGCCGCGCCUCGCGUGGCACCUGGUGGAGCAACGCCAUCUCUACCCCCUGUCACCGCCCCCUCUUGAGUGCGCUGGUAUUUUGGCGUCACACGACAGCAAGCUGAGGAUGCAGGCCAUGCCCGACAUUCUAAUUACGCCGUCGCAGCUCAAGCACUUUGUGCGUGCCCACGAGAACGUGGUCUUGCUUAACCCGGGCCACUCGUCAAUGCGCAUGUCUGGCGGCACGUUUGCCAAGAUUUCUGUUCAUCCACAGAGUGCUGUCGAGGCCUGCAAAUCGCUGAUCGGCGACUCAGCAAAGGCAUUCCCGGCGGACCUCACGAGUGCCGAGAUUGUGAGAAUCUAGCCCGAAAAUAUCUAGUUUGAAUGCAAUUGCCGAUUGAAAUACACAUCGUUAAUUAUACAUUGUGUUGUUAUGAUGCGGAAAUUAGGGACUGCCUUUGCGCCCGGCUGCUGCUGCUGCUGCUGAGUCUCUGCUAAAUGAUCGCACUUAAUUUCC